AUGCCCAGAAAACCCACACCCGCAGCGAAGCAGCGGGUUCGGACUGGCUGCUUGACCUGUCGAAAAAGAAGAAGAAAAUGUGAUGAGCAGAAGCCCAGCUGUGCUAACUGUGAGGUUAAGGGCCUCCGGUGCAAAUACAGCUCUGAUUUGGCGUUUGUGCCGCAGCGCGAGGGGGGCGUUUCCGGUGCCUCAAGACAAGCGUAUAACAAUAUUACUUUUGUCGAUGACUCGCCCCUUGCAGCAGCAAAUAAGGAGAAACCAAAGGCUCCACAGCAACCUACAGAUGAUUCCCAGAGCGAUGGCAACACUGGUUACUCUUUAGACGAAUUGCAGUCUUCGGCUGAUGGCCCAGAUGACACCGGGGAUGUCCGUCGUGCUUUUGAAUUUCAAAACAUUCUGUCAUCCGCAGUGCCCAACGUCAACCUUUCUGAUCCUCCAAUCCCAUUUGCCACUGAACGGAGUGCGCCAGGUACUCGAUACAUAAACAGUGCUCCGUACUUUGGAUACAGAUCUGUUACAAAGAAUAGAACAGUUGAACGACAAGUGGCUCUUGCAAGUGGAAAUCAUGAGACUGACUUGCUUCGACAUUUCCGGUACCAUGUCGGUCCUUGGAUCGAUACCGGGGACCCGGAGCUCCCAUUUGGUCUGCAGGUCCUUCUGCUCUCGCGAACCAACAGAGCUCUACAAGCCGCGGUCCUUGCGUUGGCUGCAGGUCAGCGACUUCUCGUGACAACCCCGAGUAGCAAGGACCUCGAAAGUAGCCAGAAGUUCCGAAAGGAAGCAGAAGAGAGUCUACCACUUGAAUAUGAUCUGACUAGAUAUGCUGGUCAUGCCCUCUUGAUGCUUCAAGAUGCUCUGUCUACUGGACCGCAGCAGUGGAGAAGCCUAUUAGUUGACAUUUUAGAGCAUAUCAGUGACUUUGCAUCACGAGCAGUGGGAGAAGAGGUUGGGGAUGCUUUGCUGUGGCUUUACUUUCGACUCGAUCUCGCAGGCUCAAUAUCCUCUUCAAAACCACCGCUUAUGCCCUUUCGAUCAUUAUUACGGCGAGAUGGGACCUUAUUACACCACCAACAAUCUAUGCGGCCUCAGACCGUCAAUUCCGUUUACAAGCACAUACUGUGUCUUCUGGGACACUGCUUAACCCUAAUACACGGUGACCGACAGACAUCCUCUCCUCAUACAGUCACAUCACCAAAUCUAGCAGCCUUCCCAUCUUUACGACAAUCCCGCUCCCUAUCACAAUGGACGUUCCUCUGGUCGGACUGCCAGAAAUGGUACAACGAGCGACCAGUAAACGUGCAGCAGAUCGUGGACAUCCGCGGCGGCGAAGCUGACCAAAUUGACCCUGACCACGACUCCUCGUUCCCAAUCCUCAUCUACACAACACCAAUGGCGCUGGUCGCCAACGCUGUCUACCAUAUGAUUUCUCUAUUAUUGCUUACGCAUAAGCCGCGACUGUUGAAAUCACUGCCCGGACCAAGGUCCGUCACCUCGCAUAUCUGGCAUGCACAGUCGAUCGCUGGGAUUGCUGCAAGCAAUGACUCCCCCGAACAAUGGGAUCCGGUAUUGGUUGCAAGUCUUCUCACUAUUGCGAAGGAGAUGACACAUGAAUCCCAACAAGCGGUUCUACUAGGACGUUUUUCCAGAAUCACAGCUACAACGGGCAUCAACCUUGACCGAGAGACUAAUGCGCUUCAAGCGGCGUGGAACCUGGCGCGAUACGAGGAGGAAUUCGAUGAUGAAGCUGACGCUAUGAUCUCAUAA